AUGACUUUCUCUCCGCAUUCUCACGACGAUGCCAGGCGCAAUAAUCCCCUUGGAAAUGGAAAACCAGGUUCGCAAACGUCUUUCUUGCUAAAGAAUGCGGAAACUGAUGAUGUGGAAGUUGCCCCCCAACAGACAGAGAAGGCUGAUGCAAAAUCAUGGGCUCACUUCGUCGCUGGAGGCAUUGGUGGAAUGACCGCAGCGACUCUGACAUGUCCCCUCGAUGUUCUAAAAACCCGUCUUCAGUCCGACUUCUACCAAUCUCAGCUGCGGGCACUGCGCCAGGCGCAUCCGUUGCCGCAGUCAACAUCCAUCCUAACCCUUCCGCGAAGCGCUAUGCUCCAUUUCACCGAAACCGUUCAAAUGCUCAGAUCGAUACAUGUCCAUGAAGGCUGGCGAGGUCUGUUCAAAGGCCUGGGUCCUAAUCUAAUAGGCGUCGUUCCAGCAAGGGCUAUCAACUUCUACGCCUACGGAAACGGAAAGCGUUUACUGAGCGAGUAUUUGGGAUAUGACACCGCCACUUCGCCAGUAGGUGUUCAUUUGAGCGCUGCGGCCAUGGCUGGCAUUGCGACGGGGACCGCCACAAACCCUAUCUGGCUAGUGAAGACUCGCCUGCAACUUGACAAAUCGACUGCUUCGAAUCUCCCCGGUCGAGAUCGCAAAUAUAAAAACAGUUGGGACUGCAUUAGGCAGACUGUGCGCCAUGAGGGAAUUCGCGGGCUCUACCGGGGGUUGUCCGCGUCAUAUCUUGGAGUCACAGAGAGCACGCUUCAGUGGGUAUUGUAUGAGCAGAUGAAACGGGUGCUGGCAGAGGCCGAGGGGCGCCUACAUGCGGAUUCAAACUAUGUCCCCAAUUCGGUUGAUAACGCCAUGCUCUGGGGAGGAAAAGUUGUUGCUGCAGGACUUGCCAAGUUCAUUGCUGCUAGUGUCACGUACCCCCAUGAAGUUGUGCGCACAAGGUUGCGGUUGGCACCCACGGUGUCUGUUUCCGGUGGCAAGCCGCAUAUGAAAUAUUCCGGUCUACUUCAAUGUUUCCGACUAGUGUUUAAGGAAGAAGGAAUGGCUGGCCUCUAUGGGGGUCUAACUCCUCACCUCCUCAGAGUUGUGCCAAGCGCUGCUAUCAUGUUUGGAAUGUGA